AUGGGGUGGUUGGUGGAUGAAGCUGUACCGGGCGACAGUCUCCUGUUCUUCUACAGUGGACAUGGUUCCCAGCAGCCCAAUUUCAACGACCGGGAGAAGGAUGGCUUUGAUGAGACACUGGUUCCUGUGGACGUUGAAACCUGCGGAAUGUUGGUAGAUGAUGAGAUCAACGAGAUCUUAGUGCAGCCUCUGCCUGCUGGUGUGCGCCUCACGUGUUUCUUGGAUUCCUGCCACAGCGGAUCUGGCUUGGACUUGCCAUAUCGCUGGAAUCCAUACAUGGAGGAGGGAGCGUCAUGGCAUCUUGAUCAGGGCGGCUAUUAUGGCGACGCCGACGUGAUCUGCGUCUCCGCUGCGGCAGACGACGAGACGGCCAAGGGAGUUCCGGCCAUGGGCGAGCGCGAGGACUUCCCCUCUGGCGCCUUUGCAGCGGCGUGGUGCGUGGCCUGCGAAGUGCAUGAGACGCAGUGUAAGAUGAAUUGGAAGGAGAUGCUGAAGAUCGUGAAGGACGUCUGUGAGGAUUUCCACUUCGGCCAAUCCGUGCAGCUCUCGAGCUCCCAGAAGUUUGACCUCAAGCGUGAGUUCAAUUUCCACGACUGCAUCCCCAACAGCAAUGACAAGAAGGGAGCCGUGGUGAACGAUGGGGAAACGCCCGUCUACCCCAGCGAGAAUAAGUUGAAGAAGUCGGCCUUCAUUCAGCACAUGCAGCAGAUGAUGCAAAUGGGGAUGCCACCGGGGAUGGAUAUGGGAGGGAUGAUGAUGGGCUUCUGAGGAUGAAGUUUGCCAAUGCCGGGCGGCAUCGAAACUGUAGUGGUUGAUGGUUGAGAACACUACCCGUGUC